UGGGAAGAAUUAUCCACAGGCCGGCACCUGCCUUAAUGUUGUGAUGUGACGUGGAGAGUAUACAGAUUAUUAGUUUUAUAAUCCUGCUGCGUUAUAUUUAAUUAUAAAACAAUGGCGACAAUUGUACGGCAAUGCAAUUUGGGUCAAUACCUAAGUAAAAUUGCGUUGGGAAUACUAUUGUGUGGUAUUAUAUUCUCACUACCAUCACUUAGUUUUGGCCAUAGUGAUAAUCCAAGCUUCAAGUAUUCAAGAGAGGCGAAUGAAAAUUUCGAUCCGAAAAAGGUUCCUGCUCCAGUACACGAUCAUCAUGAUCAUCACCACCACAAUGAUCAUCAUCAUGAUCAUCACCACCACCAUGACCAUCAUCAUCCUCAUUCACAUGAUCACGGUCACGAUCACGAUCAUGAAGAUGAUCACCAUCACCUUAGAGGAAAUCAUAAACAUGAGCAUCACCAGCAGAAGGCUAAAGCCCCAGUAGAUAUGACAAGUAUUUGGAUACACUCUAUUGGGUCCACAUUGCUCAUUAGCGCUGCGCCAUUUGUGUUGCUAUAUACUAUUCGCUUAGACAAUAGUGAAGCAAUGAAGCCUCGUCUUAAAAUUAUAUUGGCAUUUGCAUCUGGAGGUUUAUUGGGUGACGCUUUUCUACAUCUUAUCCCACAUUCCACUCAUCCACAUAGUCACGAUGAGCAUCACUCUCAUGAAGAAGCUCAUAGUCACAGUCAUGGUCAUGACCAUGACCAUGGGCAUGAUAUGAGAGUUGGUCUAUGGGUGUUGGGUGGAAUUAUUGCGUUCCUUGCAGUUGAGAAGUUAGUAAGGCUCCUAAAAGGUGAUGAGCACGGACACAGUCAUGGUCAUUCACAACCAAAAGAAAAAAGUGCGAAAACAUCAAAAUCUGAUCAAAAAACUGAUGCUAAAAAGACGGAUAGUCGCAAAGCUGUUAAAAAUGAUAGUGAAGCUAACGAGGUAAAAAUAACUGGAUAUUUAAAUUUAGCUGCCGAUUUUGCUCAUAAUUUUACUGACGGUUUGGCUAUUGGCGCAUCAUACUUGGCCGGAAAUAGUAUCGGAAUUGUAACAACAAUUACGAUAUUAUUGCACGAAGUACCUCAUGAAAUUGGAGAUUUCGCCAUCCUAAUUAAGUCCGGUUGUACGAAACGGCAGGCAAUGAUGCUGCAAUUAGUUACUGCGCUCGGCGCUAUUGCUGGAACUGCACUAGCUUUACUGGGGGCUAGUGGUGAAGAUGGUUCUACGGCAUGGGUCCUACCAUUCACAGCAGGCGGAUUUAUAUAUAUCGCAACCGUGAGUGUGCUUCCCGAAUUGUUGGAGGAAUCCACAAAAUUAGGCCAGUCAAUUAAGGAGAUUGUGGCUAUGCUAAUUGGUGUUGGUUUAAUGAUUUUCAUCGCCAAAUUAGAGUAAACAU